AUGUAUUUGGGACUCAAGGGACAAAAACUGCAAUGGGCAGUGACUUUUGCUUCGGGAGCAGGAUUCCUGCUCUUUGGAUUUGACCAGGGUGUGAUGUCUGGUCUUUUAACGGGUGACGCGUUCACACACCAAUUUCCGGCGAUUGAUACCACCGAUAACGGCCACGGUAGCUCCUCUUUACAGGGUACAGUGGUGGCUAUCUACGAGAUCGGGUGUUUUUUUGGCGCCUUGUUCAGUUUUGUGUUUGGUGAACGACUGGGCAGAAGAUGGAGUAUCAUGCUCGGGUGUAUUACUCUUUCCGUGGGGGCAGCGAUCCAGACCUCCUCGUAUAGUAUUGCGCAGCUAAUUGUUGGCAGAAUUGUGGCGGGGUUAGGAAACGGUAUGAACACUGCCACCAUCCCUGUUUGGCACUCGGAGAUCUGUAAAGCCCAUAACAGAGGACGGGAGCUGUCGAUCGAGCUGGCUAUCAACAUUUUUGGAGUCAUGAGCUCUUACUGGGUCGACUACGGCAUGAGUUUUGUCAACAGCCCGGCCCAGUUCCGGUUCCCCAUCUGCUUGCAGAUUCUAUUUGCUCUCGUGACCUUUUUCGGGGUGCUAGUGCUUCCAGAAUCUCCGCGGUGGCUGAUUGCACACAACCGGCAAGCGGAGGCCCAGCAGGUGAUCCACCUGACAAUGCCCAACGCAAAGGACAUUUCUGAGACUGACUCGAGCGUGCUGUACGAGCUCGAGCUGGUCAAUGAUGCGCUGCAGGAGGAGCGUGAGUCCGUGAGCGGCGGGUUUGGUGCUGUGUUCAAAAAUGGGCCGCAGAGAUUUUUCUGGAGAACGUUCCUGGGAAUGUUCUCCCAGUUCAUGCAACAGCUGUCGGGAAUCAACCUGAUCACCUACUACGCCACGAGCAUCUUCGAGGAGUCUGUGGGAAUGAGCCACAACCUGGCCUUGUUGAUGUCGGGAUUCAACGGAAUUGCCUACUUUGCGUCAUCGCUAAUUCCUAUCUGGCUACUUGACCGAGUGGGGCGGAGAAAAUUAAUGCUUUUCGCCGCCACGGGCCAGGGCGCUUGCAUGGCGAUCCUCGCGGGAACAGUUUCCAACGGUAACACCGCCUGUGGUAUAGUGGCCACCGUGAUGCUGUUUGCGUUCAACUUCUUCUUUGCUGUGGGGCUGCUUGCCAUUCCGUGGCUGCUACCAGCAGAAUAUGCUCCGCUGGCGAUCAGAACCAAGGCUGCUGCGCUGGGUUCUGCCAGCAACUGGAUUUUCACGUUUCUGGUGGUGGAGAUUACUCCGUCCAGUGUGGCCAACAUUGGCUACAAGACCUACGUCUACUUCAGCGUGUUCAAUUUCUGCUUCAUUCCGAUGAUCUACUUUUUCUACCCAGAAACUAGAAACCUCACUUUGGAGAAAAUCGACCUGCUGUUUGUCGGAGAAAAAGUCCGCCUGUUUUGGUCCGAUGACCUGGAUCACACAUGGCCGACAGAAGAGGAGAAGCUCGUUGUCGAGAUGUCGGAGAAUGCUAAGUAG